AUUCUCUCAACCGGAAUUUUCUAUUAUAACUCUUUUUCCCACUCUCUUUCUCUUCCUCUCGAGAGAAAAUCUUCAAGGUAGGCUUCUGAUCUGCAACCUCUUUGAUUAUAAACGCCGAUCAAAAAUCCAAAACCUUUAUUGCCAAAACAAAGAAAAUAAAUUAAAAAAAAAUAAAUUUGCAAAAUUUACUCCUCCAGCAAACUAUUACGUUCUCUGUCUCUGUCUCUCUCUCUUUUAAAUCUCUGGCAAAUCUCCAAGGGAGGGUUAUCCAUGGCCAUCCUCGUGGGUUGGUGGUAGCAGAUUUUCGUAGCCUUCUGGAAAGUCCCCAUCCAAUUUGGAGCGGUUGUGCACUAUUUUGGUUGAGAACCUUUUACAUCAUUUACCAUGUUUUGCCAUAAAGCGUGUAGCUUCAAAAGAAUAGACCGAACAAAGACAAUGAAGAGGGUUUUUUUUGGGAACUCUAUCUGAAAGAAAACCGCAAAAGGACUUAAUUAACUUGAGAGAGGAAAGAAAAACCAAGAAAAGAGCCAUACCCACCACCUCAAGUUCAAAUCCUCAUCUUCCCAGCACAUUAGCACAUUGAGGACGACAAACUAAUCUCUCAGGACAUUUUUACAAACGGGAUCCAACAUAUUGUUAGCAAACAAGUAGAAAGAUGUUUUCAGGGGUGAAAUUCAUACCCCGCGAUGAGAUUGAUAAAGAUGAGAAGUCAGAUGCCAUCAAGAAAAAGAGCAAGAAAUCAUCUCGGAAGGAGAAACAUAGAUUGAAAAAAAAGAGUUCUCAGUAUGAUAGCUCAGAUGAAGACCUUGAGAGAAUAAAGAGAGGCUCUAAAAAGAAGUGGUAUUCAUCAGAGGAGCAUUCCUCUGAAAGUGAAGAUGACAAUAGUUCAAAGGAUGGUGAAAAGAGGCACCGUACUAGGAAAAACAGUAAGUAUGAGGCUGCUGAUAUGCCAAAGAAGAGAUCAGGAAGUGGUAAAGAAAAGGAUGGAGGGAAGAAGAGUAAGGAAAGGAGGAGUCAAGGAGAUAUAUCAGAUAGUGACUUGUCUGAUGGCGGUAUGGAAACUAGUUCCUUAAAAGAUAUGGAAAUUGUGAGGAAGGAAAUUGGAUUAGAGUGGAUGCUCAGACCAGCAAAGACAGAUAGUAAACCUACAAUGCCUGUUGAGGAUGAACCCGAAAAAGCACCAACUAAUGAGAAGGUAAAUCCAAGGGAAUUGAAUCCAUAUUUGAAGGAUAAUGGUAGUGGUUAUCCAGAAGAUAAUGUUGAAGCUAAAUUAGGCGGUGAUAAACUCAUGUCUUCCUCUAUUGUUGGAGAUGGAGGUGCAAGUUGGAGACUUAAAGCCUUGAAGCGUGCAAAAGAGCAAGCAGCUCGAGAAGGAAGACGACUUGAUCAGGUUGUAGAGGAGCGAUGGGGAUGUCUUGGUCAACUAACUGCAUCUGUCAGAUCUGAAAAAGCUGCUCCAUCCCAUGCCCACUUGCAUGCUAUAAAAAACAGAAAAAGAGAUACAACUGAGGGUCACCAAGCAGGUUCAGAAGCUCAAAGUGAGAAGGAUGUUGAAAAGAGAACCAAUCGGGAGUACCUGAAGGAUAUAUCUAUUCAGCGUCCUAAAAUGAGGGAGCCUAGAGUUCAAGAUUCUUUAUCCUGGGGAAAGAAAAAGGGUCUGAACACCAGAUUUGCCAAAGAUGAUGCUAGUCUUGUUUAUGAAGCAGUUUCCAGCUUAAAUAAAUUUGAAAAUGAUGGAAGCUUCAUGCGUCAAGUUCUUCAAAAAGAGACUUCUGUUGGUGGUCCUGUUGGGGAUGUAAAACCAAACUUGGUUUCAUCAGAGAGAGGCAGAUCUAGUGAACCUAGUGCAGCAGUCAAGGAUGCCUCAAGUGCAAACCAAUUGGCAGCUAAGGCUUUUCAGCUUCGUUUGAAAGGAAAGCAUGAAGAAGCUGAUAAACUUCUGCAAGAAGUGGAGAACAUGAGGGCCGAACAAGGUGGCGGAGAUCAUAUAAUUAAACAAAAAAUGGAGGAAAGCUCAAGCCGAUAUGUUAUGCAGGACAAGUCUGUUCGACAGAAGAGGAAUGAGGAUGAUGGUGAUAUGCAUCUAGCUCAAAAGAUAAUGGAGAACACACGAUAUAAUACAUACAGUCAGGCAGAUGAUGAAUAUGACUAUGAUGGUGGUCCAGCCAGAAAGUCUCGGAAGAAGCGAGGAGGUGAUGAAAAUAGGGUUGCUGAAAAGAAUACUUUUGGGAAUCGUCUCUUAACUCAGCAAGAGCGUUGUCUCUUUUGCUUUGAGAACCCCAAAAGGCCUGCACAUCUGGUUGUGGCAAUAGCCAAUUUCUCGUAUUUGAUGCUGCCACAGUGGGAGCCUGUAGUGCCUGGUCAUUGUUGCAUUUUACCGAUGCAGCAUGUACCAUCCACAAGAACUGUUGAUGAUGACGUGUGGGAAGAAAUUCGUAACUUCAAGAAAUGCCUCAUUAUGAUGUUUGCAGAGCAAGAGAAGGAUGUAGUCUUUCUUGAAACAGUGAUGGAUUUGGCGAAACAGCGACGCCAUUGUUUAGUUGAGUGUAUUCCACUGCCCAGAGAUGUUGCUAAAGAGGCUCCGCUAUAUUUUAAAAAGGCUAUUGAUGAAGCUGAAGAUGAGUGGAGCCAACACAAUGCAAAGAAGCUUAUUGAUACCAGUGUGAAGGGGCUGCGUGCUUCAAUUCCAGCAAACUUUCCAUACUUCCAUGUUGAGUUUGGUCUCUAUAAGGGGUUUGUCCAUGUGAUUGAUGAUGAAAAACAGUUCAAGAGCAGCCUUGGACUCAAUGUCAUAAGAGGCAUGUUGCAGUUACCUGAGGAAGACAUGCAUCGGCGCCGAAGAUAUGAGGCAGUGGAGGCACAAAAGCAAGCGGUCAAGAGUUUUGCUCGAGAUUGGGCACCGUUUGACUGGACGAAACAGCUGCAUGAAGGAUGACAGCAAAGGGGGGGAAAAUGGAAACUCAAAUUCUUUUAAAUUUAAAUUCAAUCCCCUCUCGUGUCUUCAAUUCAAAUGGUGGUGGUUGCUUUGGUUUAGAUUUAGAACCACCACUAAGAAGUACUACUAGGAAGUUUUGAGAGUUGUUCAGGAUAGAUUUGUAUUGCCGAUUACAGUUGUACAAUAGGUUAUCAAAUUCAGAAGUUGCAUUUGAAUAGAAUUGUAGUAAAUGCAAUCACACGUCUCAUAUAAUAUUCGGGUGAGAACAUGGUUAGGAAUUGUUCAAUUUCGCAUCAUUUUUUAUUGAUUUCCCUUAUUCGAUU